GUACAUUAUUAAUAUUAAUAUUCUCAGAUCCAGCUGUAGAUGUAUUAAAUGAGAUUGGUAUACGUAGUGGUAUUAACCCAUUUUAUAUAUCAUUCAUACUAGCACCAUUAGCAAGUAAUGCAAGUGAAUUAGUUGCUGCCUAUAGUUAUGCUCAAAAGAAGACUUCAAAACAUAUUACUAUAUCUAUAUCAACAUUACAAGGUGCAGCAUCUAUGAAUAAUACAUUCUGUUUGGGUAUAUUCCUAGCAGUUGUAUAUUUCCAAGAAUUGGUAUGGACAUUCACAGCCGAGACUAUUACUAUAAUCCUUAUAGAAGUUAUAAUAGGCAUUAUAGCACUAAGGAGA